AUGCCCACUUACGAGUUACUGUACUAUGAUGCUUACGGAAGAGCGGAGCCCAUCCGCCAGGCCUUCAACUAUGCCGGAAUUGCUUUUAAGGACACCAGAAUUCCGCUCAACGAAUGGCCCAAGUGGAAGGGUGACACGACAAGUGAGUUUUUGCUGUUUUUGUUUGUAAUGGGGACUGCUGAAGUAGUGGAGUAAGAAAUCGCAAAGUAAACUUCAUCUUCUGCGCACAGACAACCCUACAACAGAGUCUGUCUGUAGCAAACAGCCUUUAAGGUACUAAGAGUCAAUUUUCGACCAAAAUGAACCUCCAUACUAGUCCGCUAGCCGCCGCAGAACGAUGAUGGGCGAUUCCAAGGCGCGACGAAUCCAUAUUAUUUUCCAGAUCGACUAACAGUCCGUUCGGAAAGUCGGUGGAGCUAGGUAGUUUGGCGACAUGCAGUGAGAAAGCGUCGAAAAUCCCUACAACCCAGUAACUGACCAAGCCGAGAGUUCAACAGUCAAGUGAUUUAUUCUGUUGAAAUGAGGCCUUUUAUAGGGAAACCCCACGUAGAAAAGUACAAUCAAAUUUGAAUAAUUGAAGUAGAUUCUCGUGGGAAAAUCCUCGAAGCUCGGUCGUACCGCCUCACAGAAAACAAGAGCUCUCUUUGCAUUGUGCAAUUUGCGAACGGAGUAGCACAGCAAAACCCUUCCAAAACAAAUAAUUUUUCUUACUCUUUUGUUCUGCAGAGAUUUUACAGUACUAAACAAUUAUGAAAUUUUCACAUUUUAAAAUUCAAUUACUUUAGAAUUCCCCUACGGCCAAAUCCCGGUCCUCCUCAUCGACGGGAAGCCAUUAACCGAAAGCCACACCAUCACCAGAUUUGUGGGCAGACUGGCCAAACUGGACGGCACAACCCCGCUGGAGUCGGCGUUUGUGGAUCAGGCCUAUGAAAUGGCCAGAACCUUCUUCGAGUCCGUGGGCCCGUAUUACAAGCUGCUUCUUGGGCAGGCCGAGGGAAACAAGGUGGGGUUUUGGGAGCGAUUGCUGCUAGAAAGAAUCUUUAAAUGGUCAGAAAUAAAAGCUCAGGGUUCUCUGAAAUUGGGCUCAAGACGCUUUUCAACGAAGAUAUUUCGUUUUUCAUCUUAAUUCAUAUUUCAGGAGAAACUGAAAGCCGAGUUCUUCGCCCCCAACGCUGAGAAGCAAUUCAAGCCAUUGGAGCGCCUCCUCAAGCCGAGCGGCUUUUUCGGCGAGAACGGUCCCACCUAUGCCGACCUUUAUUGGGCUCAGACCAUCGAAUUCUACAACAGACACGCGCCAGAGAUCAUCAGCAAGUACCCCAAGUUCUUGGAGCAUCUGAAGAGAGUGGAGAGCCUGCCCCAACUCAAAACCUACUUCAAGAACCGACCAGCUGCUGCUUUUUAA